AUGAAUGUCCCCCGGCAGCUGAGGCCGUCCCCCAGCUCCCCGCGGCCCUGCCCCCAGCGCGGCGUCCCCUCGCACAGGCCCGGCUGGGCCCGUGCCCCCAGCCCCGUGGGUGGGGACGGGCACGGCUCGCCCGGGCCAGGCUGUGCUCUGACCAGGAGCUCACUGCACCCUCUCAGUGGCUUUCACAGGUGGGGAAACCGAGGCACCGGGCGGUCAGGCAGCGGGGGUUGCGACCUGAGGGCCUCUGAGACGCUGGGUGAGGAGGGGGGCCUGAGGGGCUCCAGGUUCCCGUUGAUUGCAAGGCCCAGCUGGCCACCUGGGGGCUCCCUGGAGAUGCAGCCCCGCCAGCAUCUGGGGAGCGAGGUGGCUUCAAGUCCUGUCCUCAGUCCCCCCAACCUGGCCAUUCCCCGGGGCCGCACGGGCAUCUUCCCAAACCAGACCCCCGCUCCCUGCACAGGCAGCGUCCCGGCCGCCCCCACGCUGCCUGUCGACAACGACUUCUCAGGCAGAUUUACCGGUCAGACCAGACGUCCCACGGUCACAGGGCCCGUCCUCAAGCCGUCCAGGCCUGACAUUGAGGAGAAAGGAGGGCCCAGGAGGCAGCAUGGGCACAGGAGGGGUCCUGGACGACCACAGGGACGUCUCGGGGGCGUGGGAAAGUCGAGGAACGUGCCACCUGCCCUGCAGGGCCUACUUCGAGCCCCUCAGAGAGGUCCCCCUCCCACACCCAGCUGA